CAAUCACAGUUCGUCUGACACCACCCCCUGGACCAAUUAGAUUCCGAAAGGCGGUAAAGGUUUUUUCUUCUUCGUGUGGAUGAAAUCCACUUCCAUCGGGAAAGAGUCAAGUUAUAAGAGGAGCGAAAAGUGGGAUGUUAUGAUUUGUUGAGUGGUGUCGAGGACAGGAAUGUUACUGUGACGGGAUACGGCAAUUCGAUUAUGUCARAUCCUUAAAAUGGAAUGUGUGCUGCCGUAGUUGAUUCCCAUAGAGCUUGUUCAGGAGAAGAGGAGCAAACAUGGACACGGAAGACUUUCCUCCCCCGCCUCCUGAAAUGUUAGCAGACGGCAACCCAUUUGAUGACGAAGACGAAGGAGAAGCUUUUGAUUUCGAUGACAGUGGCGAUGACGUCCCUCAGGCACCUCCAGCUCCUGAACYCCUUAUCGGCGAAGAUCAGAGCGAGCACGGCUCUGCGGCCAGUCACCCCGAGGGCUAUCCCAUCGUCUUGGAACCUCCAGCUCCUUUCUCAAACACAACCUCUUCAUCAUCAGCAGCAGCAGACCCUACAGCUGCUACAAGCAAGCCCUGUUCCCCAGGUGGAGCAACAACAGAAGCCGAACGGACAUCUGUUGCUGAGGGGAGUAAUGACAGGGAAACAGAUUUACCACCACCUCCAACUCCACCCCCUCCUCUUGGUUACGACUCGCAGACAGAUCCCAAAAGUACAGGCAGUGAAGGCCAGAAUGCAUCCAUGGAUGACCCGAACACUCCUCAGGAGYUCCUUGGCACCUCCUCCCAGGGUAAAGUCAACCCCUACUCUGUGAUUGAUAUCACUCCCAUCCAGCUGGAGCAGCAGCAUGGAUCCCUCUCUUCCUGUUCCUCACCGUCGGAGCCAAAAGAUGGAGAGGGAGAGGUGCAGGAUAUCCACCCCAGCUCCCCUGGCGUCACUUCAGGAUACUCUGUGCCUGUGCCAUGUGGCUAUGCUACCCCUUCUGGAGUCCCGCUCCUCACCCCAGCCUACACCACACCUGUCAUCAUUCGACAUCUCUCCGCGGAUGAAGAUGUGAGUGUGGUAGGGACUAGCAUCACUUCKGCUGACAGUGUUUUCUGUGAGGAGAAUCCACCGAUUACAGAAGAAGAUGCUUUGGCUAAAUGGGCAUCAGAUCCUGCAAACACUGCUUGGAUGGAAAGUCCAGAUGAGGUGAUCUAUGAUGAUGUGCCCAGAGAGAACUCUGACUCCAACACAGAUCCAGAUGAGAUGAUCUACGACGAUGUGGAGCUCGGGGAGGAGGGCGGCUGCAGCAGCUCCCUCGAUAACGGCUGGAGCUCCAGUGAGUUUGAAAGCUACGACGAAGCUAGCGAUGGMGAGAGUCGUCCUGAGAACGGCCUGCCCAACGCCUUCAUGAGAGGAAAACCCCCACAGAAGAAGAUCCAUCUCUCCCAAGAUCUGACACGCUUGAAAGAGCACUAUGAGAAAAAGAUGAAAGAUCUAAUGGCAAGUACAGUGGGAACGGUAGAGCUGCAGCAGUUAAAACAGAAACACGAGCUGAAGAUGCAAAAGCUGGUGAAGGCAGCCAAGGAAGGAACGAAAGAUGGACUUCAGAAAACCAGAGCUGCGGUGAAAAAGGGACGUUCCUUCAUCAAAACGAAGUCGUUCUGUCAGGAGAGAAAGUCGGCCUGUUUUGAGGAUGAAUCUGAACUUUUUAUCGAGGUGGACUGUUUCAAUGUUGAGCCGGUGCUGUGUCCAACACCAGAAGGUCUUACGCAGCAGCAGCUUGUUAGAAGAUGUAUAUUGGGCUCUAUUUUAGAGAGUGAGAAGAACUAUCUCGAUGCACUCAAGAGGAUAUUAGAGCUGUAUGAGAAGCCCCUGUCCCAGAUCGAGCCCAGACUGCUCAGCGACAGGAAGUUGAAGAUUGUCUUCUACCGCGUGCGUGAGAUCCUGCAGUGCCACUUCCUGUUUCAGAUCGCACUGGCGAGUCGCGUGGCUGAGUGGGAUGGCCUGGAGAUGAUAGGAGAUGUCUUUGUGGCGUCGUUUUCUAAGUCUAUGGUGCUGGAUGCCUACAGCGAGUACGUGAACAACUUCAGCACCGCAAUGGCCGUCGUAAGGAAGACGUGUGCCUCCAAACCUGGCUUCCUGGAGUUCCUUAAGAAUCGUCAAGAAACCAGCGGUGACAGAAUGACUCUUUAUGGUCUGAUGAUGAAACCCAUCCAGAGAUUCCCACAGUUUAUUUUGCUUCUUCAGGACAUGCUGAAGAACACACCAGUGGGCCACGCAGACCGUCUGCCCCUGCAGAUGGCCCUGACUGAACUGGAAACRUUGGCAGAGAAGCUAAACGAAAGAAAGAGGGAAGCCGACCAGCGCUGUGAGAUCCGUCACAUUGCAAAGGCUGUGAAUGAACGUUAUCUAAAUAAGCUGCUGAGUAACGGCACUCGCUACCUGAUCCGCUCAGACGACAUGGUGGAGACGGUCUAUAAUGAGCGAGGUGAAAUCAUCAAAACCAAGGAGCAACGCCUCUUCCUGCUUAAUGAUGUGCUCAUGUGUGCCACGCCCAACAUCCGGUGUCAGGAUGGCAGUGGGAGUGGGAGCGGCAGUGGAAAUGCUCCACUCGAUCAGAGGUUCCGCCUGAAGUGGAGUGUGCCUCUGAGCUUCGUGGAAGUGCUGGAGUUUGGAUCGAGCGAGGACAUGGUCGACAGAAGCCGCCACCCUGCUCCUCACUCCGGAGAGAAGGUGGUGAUCAGCGCCAAGCCAAACAAAUUGUACAUGGGCCCUGGCCAGCUGUACCAAGACCUGCAAAACCUGAUCCACGACCUCAGUUUGGUCAAUCAGAUCUCCACUAUGAUCAGCAGCCUUAAAGGAAACUAUCAGAAUGUGAAUCCCACCGUGGCGCACGAUUGGGUCUCGGGUCUCCAGAGGCUAAUUCUGAAGAAGGAAGAGGAGAUUAGAGCAGCUGACCGGUGCAGAAUUCAACUCCAGCUGCCCGGCAAACAAGACAAGACGGGUAAACCAACAUACUUCAGUGCUGUGUUCAAUACACACAGCCCAGCAAUCAAACAGUCAUGGAUCAGUAACUUGCAGAYGGCUAAGUUGGCUCUAGAAGAGGACAACCUGCAGGGCUGGUUCUUUGCAGAUGACGAUGGUAAUCAAAUCAAAAAGCAGAAACACCCUCUCUUACUUCGACAGAUGCCUGUCGUUAUGUCAAAACUACAAGAGUUCAAGGUGGAAUGUGCGGUUCACAAUCCAGAGCCCCACAUUAAUCCAGAGAGCACGGCUGACUCUCCUGUUGUGGGCCACGGAUGUGUCUGGGUUGCAAGUUGCACAAACCAGAUGGGCCAAAUAGCCAUAGUGGCCAUGCAGAACUCCAGCCCGAAAGUGACGGAGUGUUUCAACGUGGAGUCUCAAAUCCUCUGCAUGGCCUACGUUCCAACAGAACAGCUUCAUGAGAACGGUGACAAGGUGCCCGAGAACAGCCAGGUCCUCCUCACAAAGACCACCGACACUCCCACUGUCUGUCUGGGCAUGGAGGAGGGCAGCAUCAUCGUGUAUAAGAGCAGCCAGCGGUCCAAGAAGGUGCGUCUGCAGCAUUUCUUCACCCCAGACAAGUCUCCUGUCACCAGCGUGGUCUAUAAAAAGCACUGUCUGUACGCCGGCCUGGUUAGUGGCUCUGUGGCCGUUUACUCCAGAUCACAAGAUGGUUUGUGGAGCAGCGACAAGCCCAAGUUACUGAAGCUGGGAGUCCUUCCUGUUAAGGUGAUGCUGGCUGUGGAGGAUCACCUCUGGGCCUCUUCAGGUGGACAGGUCUUCAUCAUCAGCACCCACUCACACUGUGUAGAGAGGCAGUUGGAGGCCCACCAGGAGGAGGGUAUGGUGGUGUCUCACAUGGUGGUGGCCGGAGUGGGCAUCUGGAUCGCAUUCAGCUCCGGUUCUACGCUACGCCUCUUCCACACCGAGACCUUGGAGCACCUGCAGGACAUAAACAUCGCCACAACAGUUAACAAUGUUCUACCUGGGAACCAGAGGGUGUCUGUAAGCAGUCUGCUGGUUUGUCACAACCUACUAUUAGUUGGAACCAACUUGGGGGUGACUGUGGCUCUUUCUGUCCCCAGACUUCAGGGCAUCCCCAAAGUAACAGGUCGAGGAAUGGUGUCGUUGCACGCACACAACGGUCCCGUCAAGUUCCUCACCAUGGCUGCGGCGGUGUGUAACCGAUCACCUGGCCUGCCAACGUCCAGCCCUCCCUCCUCCCUCCAGGAGUCCCAGGAUGCAGAAAGCUCCCAGCAUUCUUCAUGCUCCACCUCAAACCCCCCUCAGGGCCGAGGCGUGUGGUUGGGAGAGGCGGGCUGCACCACCAUGGCUCUGCAGGACUCUCUGUCCUCUUCAUCCUGCGGCUCUUUAGCUCCUUCCCAAAGCUCUUUGGAGCAUGGUCCGGAGGACGGGGCCCUCUAUGACAUGCUGCAUGACACCGCCCACCACCAGAGGGGCCAGCGCUCGAGCAAGGUGGAUGUCAGCUCGCUGCUGGUGGUGUCUGGCGGUCUGGGCCACCGAAGGGUCAAUAAAAAGUCCAAACCAUCUCGCCACGAGGACAACACGUCCACCAUCAUGAUCUGGCAAAUCCCAUUACUGAAUAUGUGACAUCAGCACUACAUUAAUGGGAUGUUGUAAAAAGCAACACAUUUUUUUGUGUGUGUAUUUGUGGACAAAAUUAUUAUUAUUUUUUGUUAAACUGAAAUUCCUGCAAACAGCUUCGACAUGGAGGCCUGUUAAAUCUUGACAAAGUAUUUUGUAUCAGUCAAAAUCUACAUGUCUUAUUUUAAACCAAAACCUCAAACCCGUUUUCUAUAUUACAUUUCUGCUUUAAGAUAAAGAUCAAUAAAAUCACUCAAUCAUGAGGAGUGAUGGUAUGAGUAGCAUCAACAGAAGGGUCUGGAUAUAAUGUUUGAUAUCUGAAAACCACUUAAAGGUCACACAUUUCAAAUAGUUUUCAUUGUUCUGUUGGGUACAUGUCAUUCUGUGGCCUUUGUGCUGUUUACAYCUGCAGUAUUUAAAUCAGUGUUGUGAAAAGAAAACGACUGUCCUGCUUCUCUGGGAUGCAGGGUACAAAUGAGGCCAUGAAAUUGUUCAUUUCUUGGGAGAUUCUGCUUACAGCCUGUUGGAAACUGGAUUUAGAUCAUGCAUUUAAGAUCAAAGCUGUACAUCUGAAAUAUAAGAAUGCAGAAAUGGAUAUUUAUGAGAUUAAAGGCCAGAAAGAGAUACAAUUAUUCUGUAAAUGAGAAAAGGGGGAAAAGGGAUUUAAAAUAUGUGAAAAUCUUGAGUUUAAGAAGAGGUCUGAGCAUCCCUGGCUGGCCAGGUUUUUCUUUAAGAAAGAAAAAAAUUUUUUUCUUAAUGCAUUUUUAUUUCUCAGAUAGGAAUAUUUAAAAGAAGAUUCAUGCUUUUGUCCCAGUAGUCYAUAUUUGUGUGUAUUAACGAUUCUAUAAACACUUUUAUCGAGCA